GUGGGGUUUCCGUGGGGCAGCCAUGGGGUCUGGAGAGAUCCUACCAGUGACUUUCUUACUGAUGGUGCUUGUGGCUCCCUCCAUGGUUCACGGAAUGGAAGGAAGAACCAAGCCCCCAGCCCCCCACUUCCUGCUCCAGUGGAAGUACGAGUGCUACUUCGCCAACGGGACGGCCGGGCAGGUGCGCUACCUGGAAAGGUACAUCUACGACCGGCAGGAGCUGGUGCGCUUCGACAGCCGCCGCGGGACCUUCGAGGCCGUCACGGGGCUGGGGGAGCCCGUCGCUCGACUCUGGAACAGCCAGAAGUUGCGCCUGGAGGACAAGCGGGCCUCCGUGGACUGGUUCUGCCGCGACAACUACGCGCUCGACCAGCAAGACGGCGUCGCCGCCUGGAAGUUUCAGCCCACAGUGACAAUUUCCCACACCAAGGGUGACCCCCGGGCCCACCACAGACUCCUCAUCUGCACCGCGGCCGGUUAUUAUCCCUCGGAGGUGACCAUCCGGUGGCUGAAGAACGGGCAGGAGCAGACGGAAGGGGUGGGAUACGCGGAUGAGCUCCAGAACGGGGACUGGACCUUCCACAACCAGGGGAUGCUGGAGAUGGUGCCCAAGCGGGGAGACGUCUAUGCCUGCCAGGUGGAGCACAGCAGCCUGAAGGAGCCCAUCACCGUCCUGUGGGAGCCAAAGAUGUCAAACUCUUCCAAGAACAAAAUGUGGACCGGAGCCUUGGGGGCCGUGCUGGGGGUGGUCUUUGGGGCAGUGCCAGUCUCCCUCUACCUGAGGAAUAGGAGAGUAUCUCUCAACACACCUGCAGCAGGGCUCAUCGGUUAGGCCUGACGGCCACAGUUCUGACAUCAGAGAAAUCAUUUUCUUCAGCAAACAAGAUUUUCAUACAGAUCUACUGAUCUCCCUCCCCUGAACACAAACACACACACAGGAACCGUCAGGCCGUACUUUGACUGAAUGAUGCUGAAAUCGCUGGGACUGCUAGAAAGCUCCCGAUUUGGCGAGAACUGCUAACAAUUGCUGCUUCGAAAAGGCUACAAAAAUUGUAUUUAUUACUCUUUGUUGAUGACUUUUACU